GAGCGAAGAGCUGAUUUGGCCAUUACAGUAUGCUGUCUAGGAAUAGGGUUUUUGACCUUCUUUGGAAUAAUAGAAACAAUUAUUAUUUCAGAAUGACUUCACUUUACCUAGUAUCAGCUCUCCUCUUAGUUGCGGCUCCAAGCUUGGUCCUAGGAGCCAAGGAUUAUAGCCAAGCUUUGGGACUGUCCAACAAGUUCUACGAGGCUCAGCGUUCCGGUCCAAUCAACGACAAAAUUGUGCCAUGGCGUGGCAACUCUGGGAUGAGCGACUGCACAGUGGGUGGCUGGUACGACGCUGGAGAUCACCUCAAAUUCGGACUCCCCAUGGCGGACUCUGCCCAUACCCUUUUGUGGUCUCUUUAUCGGUUCAAGGAUGGCUAUACCAGGGCCAAUCAACUGAACCAGAUGUAUCACAUGAUUAAGACCCCACUGAACUACUUCAAGGCUGCUUGGGAUCCAGCUCUUCGUAGGCUCACUGCACAGGUGGGUGACGGUACUGCCGACCAUGCAUUCUGGGGCCGUCCCGAGGACAUGAAAAUGUCGAGACCGUGCAUGUACGUCGACAGCAGUCACGUGGGAAGCGACAUCGCUGGAGAAACAGCUGCUUCUCUGGCUCUUGGAUACCUCACUUUUAAACAAAAAGAAAGUGGUUAUGCAACCCAACUCCUCAACAAGGCUAAGAGUCUGUAUGCCUUUGCUAAAACCCGUUCCGGUGUGUUUACUGGCUCUUCACAGUACUACCCGUCAGGCAACUGGAAGGACGAGAUGUGCCUCGGUGCCGUUUGGCUGUACAGGGCAACAGGAACACAAUCCUACUUGAAUGAUGCCAAGAGUUACGUGAAUUUGAACAAGCCCUGGGCUCAAGGCUGGGAAGACAAAAUGCUGGCAUGUCAGCUUCUGAUGUUUGAAGAGACCAAGGAUGCCAAGUACAAAAAUGCCGUUAUCAAUUUCUUCAACGACUGGGCUACCAGUCCAGGAGCGGGUAAAGUGGACCAAACUCCUUGCGGUCUUGUCUGGAGAAGCCAGUGGGGUGCGAACAGAUACGCAGCUAAUGCCGCCUUCAUCGCCUUGGUCGCUGCCGAGGACGGAAUCAACGCAGCCUCUUACAGAAAGUUUGCCGUGGAGCAGAUCAACUACAUCCUCGGUGACAACAAAAAGAACGCCAAACAAUGUUUCAGCUACGAGAUCGGUUACGGAAACCAUUACCCUCAACAGCCCCAUCACAGAGGAUCAUCCUGCCCGUCCCACGGAACCUGCAAUCAGAAUGCUAAUGGCCCAAAUCCGCACGUCCUCCUAGGCGCACUCGUGGGAGGCCCUAAGGUCGACGACUCCUACACUGACGUCAGGAGUGACUACAUUCACAACGAGGUUACCACCGACUAUAACAGUGGAUUCCAGGGAGCUCUGGCUGGAAUCGUCCACUUGCAGCAACGUGGUGCUUUGCCAAGAACAAGCAACAAGUGCCCAUGCCCUACGUAAAAUGGUUCACGCUUCCAACAACAAUGAUUCACCCUGAGAAACUGGUUUGAAAAUCCAAGACGGCACCCAAAGAGAACAAUUUUCAAAAAAAACAAACCCAACAACCUUCCACCAAAUUCACCCUUACUAAUCCCUAUUUACCUUUGAGCUUCUUGCACAAUUACAUGGCAAUGAAUGAAAGUCAAUCGUUUAGAACAUUUUCCGGGAGUGUACGUCUCACUUUAAUAUUAAAUAACAAAGACAGAUAAGUAUUUUUUUUAAACUUGCACUCCGCCGGACAGAAUCUGGAAAUUGAUUAUUUCAAUUUUGCCACGCUGUAUAACAAUACACGCUGAUUUGUGAUCUGAUUAAAAAGUAUUAAAGUUAAUAUUCUUACAUCACA